AUAAUGAACCCUUCGCUUAUGAAGAAUAGUCUGAGAAAUAUCUGAUAAUACCAGAACUGAUAGUCUAUACCCUAAAGUUUAUGGAGCAUAAUAUAUCUUAUUCUCUCUUGUAUAUACCUAUAUCUAUCUUUGCAUGCCAUAUCACUAGUCCAUAUCCACAGGACAAAUUUAUAUUUUACUGCAUGGGACUUAGUCUCCUGUGCAGCCUUUAACCCCACCCCCCUUCAACCACAUUAAAACUUUCAUGAGCCGCUUUUAUGAUUCGCUUACAACUAAAUUUUCCGUACAUUCCUUUAUAAACCACUGACAGUAGCCUUGGGCUGCCUGUGGUGGUUCAUCCGGUCUACCUGUCGUCCCAAGACCGAGUACUCCUGGACCCGAGUAAACCAAGAUGGCGGCACGUGUGAGCGAAGAUGCGAAGAAAUUUGUCGUUUUACUCGCAUCCCGACUAAAAAAAGAUAACAUACAGAUCAAUGAUGAUGCUGAAAGCUACUUAAGGACUGCUAUUUCUAGUCUACCAGAGACUCCUCUCAAAUCUGCUCUACAAAAACAACACAAUGCUUAUUUAAAGACUUUUAUCAGUCUAAUAGGUAUCAAAAGUACCAAAGAGAAGAACAAGGUUGAUGAUCAAACUGAAACUGCAAAGAUUUUCAAUUUAUUUGGUAAGCAUGGGCUGGAUAGAGCAAUCUGCAAACUGUUACACCAAGACAUAGAUGAUACUUGUUUGAGAUCCUGCUACCCCCUUAUUCAAGACUCAGAAAAGUUGUUGUCAGUUUUGAAAGCAGAUGAGACUGAUACAGACAAGUGCAUGGCUAUGACAUCUGGACACAAUACUGCAAAGAGUGUUUGUGAGAGUUUGGAUUUUAUAGUAAGGAGAAUGUCUGAAAAAUGUGAACAAUAUCUACAAGAACCUGUACACAAAAAAAGAGCAAGUGCACUGAAAGACUGCAUUUUUAAGACAGUGGUAAUGAUGCACAUGAGAUGGCAAAGUGUUGACCGGGCUGAGGGUUAUGUGUCCACCAAGAGGCAGACAUAUGAAGACUACAUGGCGGCACUUUUUUCCUUGUACAUUGAUCUAGUUCUAGUUUGUAUGACAAGUUCUGAGGAAGAGGUUCAUCAAAGCAACAAACAUUUAGCAAGUGUAGUUCUUCUUGUUCUGGGUCGUUCGCCUGUUCACUUGAUGGACACAUGCCUCCAACUCUCAAAUCUCAAUGGUGACAAUAUAAACCAUCUAACACCCUUCCUAAGAUGUGUACUUGAACGGAACAAAGGAAACUUAACACAUACUGAUUACAUCAAGUUUGUUUGUUUAGCGCACAUGGUUUUACAGAUAGGAUCGACUCCUGAACCAGGCACUUGCAUAGCACUAAACGAGGUAGUCAAGAGCCAAGUUCCACCUCCAAAAUUUGUCUCAUGGCUGAACCAAAGAAACAGAAGUCUAGUAGAAAAGCUUUGUCUUUCCCGGAAGAUGACGUCAAGUCAUGUGACCAAACAUUUGAUUGACAAGAUGAGUGAAGAAGACAAAGAACAUCUACUUGAUGUUGCAAGCGAGUCUGAAAUGAAAGAAGACCAGAAUGAUGAUCACGCUACUGAAGAAGAAAAAGAUCAAGGAAUCACAGGGGAACAGCCACUGUUCUUCAUCGAUUCUGCCGGCGAUGGUGAAAACAAUGAGCCUAAGGAAAUAGAGUAUGAAGAGUAUGAAGGCGAGGAGAAGAUUUUACAAAAGCAGCUGCGAUCGCUUAUCACUCGCAUUGAGCGAGACUCGGAGUCAGAGGAAGAGUUUUAUAUGGAUACUGCCGAUGACAGUGUUUUUGCGAAGCCGUCAGAGCCGCUCUUUGUGGUAGACACAAAACUUGGCGAACUCAAAGAUGAGAUGGACGAUGGCAACGAAGCCCCUAAAGAUAACUUAACCGAGAAAUCCGUAGAAGUAAGUGAUGUAUCUCGUGAAAUAGGCAAACAGAAAAAACCCAAGACGAGGCCACCGGCGAAAACCGCAGCCGGGAGACCGGAAGAAAUGGAUGCAUUAUCUGAUGAAGUAAAUAAGAGAACAAAUGCGGAGGCAACAAAGACCCGUGGGAAGAGCAAAAGUGUUAAGACCAAGUUAGCGUCUGGUUCCGAGAAUGAAUCUGCCGUACCCCUUUUUGAGAUCAGUACAAAGCCAGACAUGAGAAUGGUUCAAGAAGUGGGGUUAGAUGGGGACGACUGGGAGGGUGCCCUGGACAAUCAGACAGGUGACACUGUGCCAAGUGAUAACAAAACGAGUAAAGCGAAAAAGAUAACGGUAAAGCCGAAAGGUAAAAGAAAAAGCAUGCUAGCAAAAAGCAAAGAUGUCAAGAAUGCAGAGGAAGCAAGCCGAAAUGACGAAGACGACACGAAAACUGGAAACGUCAGCGAAGAUUUGAUUAAACAGGCAAAGCCAACAUCAAAAACACGAAAAAAGAGGGCAAGUCUGUCAGCAAAAGUAACGAACUUCGAGAAAACAGUUAAUGUAGAUGUUGAAAGCCAAAGCAGCGAAAGGGAAUUGCCUCGAGUUGAUGAAGACCUUCCGGUUAACCAAGAAGACGUACCGCAGGAUGACCAUCAGAUAGUUACCAUGGACACAGUUACCAUGGAAACCCCCAUUAAGCGCAUGCGUCGCACGAGACGAGACACGGAUGGUUCUACCGUGAGCGUUGAUUCGGUCUCAGGGCUCCGCAGGUCUACAAGGAAUAGAAAUAAAUGAUUCACGAAGGAAGGAUAAGGGUGGAAUUCUUAGGGCUGGAAUUGAACAUCUCUUUGUGGUUAGUUUUGUAUGCUUUUUUUGUUUAAUAAAUAAAGGAAUGAAUAUA